CAGCUCCUCCUGUAUUUAGCUGACAGAACCCCUUCAACCCUGUUUGCCUGUCCCAUCUCAGGAAGCAGGAAGUGGAGAACCUCUCAGCACCGUCCCGCUCCUGGAAGACCUACUUGACCAUGAUGCACUGGUCACUUCGGCGGCAGAGCUCCUGGGUCCAGCUGGCUGGACAUCAAGGUAACUUCCAGGUGAGUAAAGUGGGGGAGGUGCUGAAACUGCACAGCAAGCCCGAGGCAAAGUGUCUGGAACGCCUGAUGAGAGACACCUUGAGGCCGUUUGUCCCGCAGUACCACGGUCUGGUCACCAGAGGGGAGCACUGCUACAUCCGCCUGGAGGACCUGCUCCAUGGCCUGAGGAGGCCUGUUAUCAUGGACUGUAAGAUGGGAGUCAGGACAUUCCAGGAGGAGGAACUGAUCAAAGCCCGGACCAAACCCACCCCGAGGAGCGACUUGUACCACAAGAUGGUGAAAUUAGACUCGUUAGCUCCAACAGAGGAGGAACAUACACAGCAAGGGGUGACCAAAUGGCGCUACCUCCAGUGGAGAGACACGACCAGCUCCACGUCUGCUCUGGGCAUCAGGAUAGAAGGCAUCAUGAUGGAGGACGGAAACGUCCAGCGGGAUUUCAGAAAAAUCCUGACUUUAACUCAGGUCACAGAAGCAUUACUGUACUUCACCAGGAGUCAGCUGGUCACACUGAGAGCAUACCACUCCAGACUACUGGAUCUGAAAGACGCACUGAGGGACUCAUCGUUUUUCAGGACCCAUGAGGUGAUCGGUAGCUCGCUUCUCUUUGUCCACGACCACAACAAGGCCAGCGUGUGGAUGAUCGACUUUGGGAAGACCACUCCUCUGCCCGACGCGUGGGAACUCCAACACACCGUCCCGUGGACUGAGGGCAGCAGGGAGGACGGCUACCUGAUGGGCCUGACCUCCCUCAUCGCCUCUCUAAGUCAGGCCAUCAGCAUGGCCUCUGGGCAGCAGGAGGACAGCUGUGUGGAGGAACAGUGUGAUCCAUGAAGAUCUCUGUGUCUGUGACACAAAAUAAACUGAGUUUCAGGUCAAGGCCAAAAAACCGUCAACUGUUGAGACACAAAAGGAGGAUUUGUUGAUCUGCCUUCAGAGACCGAAUAGACUUCAGUGAAACUAAAACUCAGGGAGGAUGUUAAGUGCAAGCCUGCUUUGUUUACCGUACAUCUGGUAUGUACGUAUGUGAAAAAUGUUUUUAUUACCAGAAAGACUCAUGAAAUUUUUUGAGGGUUUUGUUGUCUUUAUUAAAAUUUUCAUCACAAAAA